GUGGCCGCCUCUCUGCUGUUGCUGCCGACUCAAAGCUCACAGACUCGUUCGGCGCCUCAAACCGCCAUUUUGGAGUCAGAGAACCGAGAGUCGGCAGCAGCGAAGAGAGAGACGAAAAGGGGGACACGGGGCCGAGGAGUUGCCACCUUUGAUCAUUAAUGCUGGAAUCAAGCACAAUGAAAUCCUUUACUGAAAAGUAAAAGUUGCUGCCCUGUUGGGCAAAGGUUUUUGUGCUGCAUGGCGUCAGGGCAGGGUGGCAGGCUGGAGGUUGGGGCGUCAGGAAGCUCUGCCCUGGCCAAACCUCUCUACCUGCAGCGCUUGGAAAGAACACUGAGGUUGGAUAAUUUCCUACGCCAAACUGCUGCAAUCUUCAAUGGAGACAUAACCAGUGAUGACAGUGACGACAGUGACAGUGCUUUGGGGACAGGGUUAUCCUUAGACCCCUCCACUCAGCAUACAGCUUUGACUGUGAAGAGUGAGCCAAAUGAGCAAGGAGCUGGGUUGGCAGAGGGGAAGCCCUUCAAUGGAGUUCUGCUGCAAGGUAAAGAUCAAAAGGCAGAUAAAGCUAACUUCUACAAUUUCUCAAAGUUGAAGAAGAACCGGAAAUGGCUCAAGAGCAUCCUGUUGAGUGAUGACACCACAGACUCAGACACAGACUCUGAUGACUCCGACUUCACUUUGUCUCGAGAGGAGUUGCAUGAAAUGCUGAGGCUACAUCGCUUCACAAGGCAGCACCAGAGCAAGUUCCACUCUGACCGGGAGCUUCACCAGUAUCAGUACUACAGCACUGGACUCCUCUCUACUCACGACCCGUUCUAUGAGCAACACCGCCAUCUACUGGGCCCAAAGAAGAAAAAAAUCAAAGAUGAGAGGAAAUUCAAGGCCAAACUAAAAAAGGUGAGGAAAAAGAAGAAACGGGGAGAGGGAGAGUUUCUAGAUGAAGGACGACCUUAUGUCAACAAGAUCUUUGCAAAGUUUUCCCAUGAUGCUCCGUUGCCCAUGGUGAAGAAGAAACAUCUCACUAUAGAGCAGCUGAACGCACGACGACGUAAGGUCUGGCUCACUAUUGCUAAAAAAGAGAUCCCCAAGUCUUUUAAACAGAAGACGUCUGCUAAGAACUUAGUGCUGACCAAUGCUAGAAAGUUGGCUCAUCAGUGCAUGAGAGAAGUUCGCCGUGCAGCUAUCCAGGCCCAGAAGAACUGUAAGGAGACGUUACCUCGGGCUCGUCGCCUCACCAAGGAGAUGAUGCUCUACUGGAAGAAAUAUGACAAAGUAGAGAAGGAGCACAGAAAGAGGGCAGAGAAGGAGGCUUUGGAGCAACGUAAACUGGACGAAGAGAUGAGAGAAGCCAAGCGUCAGCAGCGUAAACUAAAUUUCCUCAUCACCCAGACAGAGCUGUAUGCUCAUUUCAUGAGUGGUAAAGCCAGCAUGGGGGGUCCAGAUGGAGACACAGCUCAGGAGGAUAUUCUGAGAAAGCUGGAAGACACGGCGGCACAGAGACAGAUUGACAUUGGAGGAGGCGUAAUGGUCAACAUGGGUCAGGAGGACUAUGACAGUGAACACUACAAGUCCCAGGCCUUAAGGAAUGCCAAAGAAGCCUACCAGAUUCAUCAAGAGAGAACACGGAUGUUUGAUGAGGAAGCAAAGGACAGCCGCAGUGCAUCGCUACACGCAGCAUGCGGCUCAUCCUCAGGCACUGGCUCUGGGUUUGGAGAGAGCUACAGCCUUUCCAACCCAUCCAUCCAUGCAGGUGAAGACAUUCCUCAGCCCACCAUCUUCAACGGCAAACUCAAGGGUUACCAGCUCAAGGGCAUGAACUGGCUGGCCAACCUCUAUGAACAGGGAAUCAAUGGAAUCCUGGCAGAUGAGAUGGGUCUGGGGAAGACAGUCCAGAGUAUCGCCCUGUUGGCACACCUUGCCGAGAGAGACAACAUCUGGGGCCCAUUCCUGAUCAUCUCUCCUGCCUCCACACUCAACAACUGGCACCAGGAGUUCAGCCGCUUUGUGCCCAAAUUUAAGGUGUUGCCAUACUGGGGCAAUCCUCAUGAUCGCAAGGUGAUUCGGAAAUUUUGGAGCCAGAAAACCCUUUAUACACAAAACGCACCAUUCCAUGUGGUGAUCACAAGUUACCAGCUGGUGGUCCAGGAUGUCAAGUACUUCCAGAGGGUCAAAUGGCAGUACAUGGUUCUGGAUGAGGCCCAGGCACUGAAAAGCAGCACCAGCGUUCGGUGGAAAAUCCUUCUGCAGUUCCAGUGUCGAAACCGACUUCUGCUCACCGGGACGCCCAUCCAGAACACAAUGGCUGAGCUGUGGGCCCUGCUGCACUUCAUCAUGCCUACAUUGUUUGAUUCUCACGAAGAGUUUAACGAGUGGUUCUCCAAGGACAUCGAGAGCCAUGCUGAAAACAAGUCGGCCAUAGAUGAGAACCAACUUUCCAGACUGCACAUGAUCCUCAAGCCCUUCAUGCUGCGCAGAAUCAAGAAGGAUGUGGAAAAUGAGCUCUCAGACAAGAUUGAGAUCCUGACUUACUGCCAGCUGACUUUGCGGCAGAGGUUGCUCUACCAGGCUCUGAGGAACAAGAUCUCUAUAGAGGAUCUGCUGCAGUCCUCCAUGGGCACAGCCCAGCAGGCCCACAGCACCACUUCCUCCCUUAUGAACCUGGUCAUGCAGUUCAGGAAGGUGUGUAACCACCCUGACCUGUUUGAGCGCCAGGAGACACGUUCUCCUUUCCACAUGUCCCUCAAACCGUACAUCAUGUCCAAGUUCCUGUACCGUCAUGGCCUCAUCCAUGCACACAACCAAGCCAAAAACAAAUUACUUCAAGUGCUGUUGUCUCCCUUCUCUCCAAAUCACAUCCAGCAGUCUCUUUUUCACAGAAAAGGUGAUGACAAAGGAAGCUGUUUCUCCUUCCUGCGCUUCAUCGACGUGUCGCCAGCUGAGAUGUCCAAUCUCAUGCUACAAGGCACCUUAGUGAGAUGGUUAGCCCUUUUUCUGUCCCUCAAAGCUGCAUAUCGGCUCCACUAUCAGCGCCUGUUUGGCCAUGAAGAAGAGGGUCAGGAGGAACCAAGAAACUCUGAGGGGGACAGGGGGUCCUCACGAUCCAGGAGUCGGUGUCUAUCUCGCAAGGACCUAAUUCUGUGGCUGAACAGACCCACCAGUUUUCCAAACACACACACCAGCCCUGUCCUACAAGACCUGGUCUUCACAGCAUUCAGGCCUGGCAUGAUGGGACACACAGACGUGAUGAUCCACAGUCGAAACUCCGCCACCUCCUUGAUGCGGCCCUGCCAGCCCACACUUCCACCUAAGUUCCUGCUAGCUGCCACGCCCAGGGUGACAGCAGUUCCCAUGGAGCGUUAUUGUGACGACCGUAGUGCUGAGUACGAGUGGCGGGUGACACGCAGCGGAGGGGGCACUAUCUUCAAACAGUGUUUCCUCUACGGCUCCCCUGAACUCGCCUCAGACUGGUGUAUGAGGGCCAGUGCCUUCCGCCCUCAGUGCCCUGGUGGUGUGAUGGCCCUCUAUCCAAGACAUGGAUGGUCUUUCAUUCGAAUACCUGAUAAGGAGAGCCUGAUUAUGGAAAGUGGCAAACUCCACACACUGGAUGUCCUGUUGAGUCGGCUAAAGGCCCAGGGACACAGAGUCCUCAUCUAUUCCCAGAUGACCCGCAUGAUAGACCUGCUGGAGGAGUACAUGGUUUACCGCAAGCACACCUACAUGCGCCUCGAUGGAUCCUCCAAGAUUUCUGAGCGUAGAGACAUGGUGGCUGACUUCCAGAGCCGGACGGAUAUCUUUGUCUUUCUGCUGAGUACGAGGGCUGGAGGGCUCGGCAUUAACCUGACUGCUGCUGACACUGUCAUCUUCUAUGACAGCGACUGGAACCCCACAGUGGAUCAACAGGCCAUGGACAGAGCUCACAGGUUGGGUCAGACCAAACAGGUCACCGUCUAUCGCCUCAUCUGUCAGGGCACCAUUGAGGAGAGGAUCCUGCAGCGGGCCAAGGAGAAGAGUGAGAUCCAAAGGGUUGUAAUCUCCGGAGGAAACUUCAAACCAGACACGCUCAAACCCAAAGAGGUGGUUAGCUUGCUGCUGGAUGAUGAUGAACUGGAGAAGAAAUUGCGUCAGAGACAGGAGGAGAAGAGACAGCAGGAGGAGAGCAGCAAGGUGAAAGAGCGCAAGAGAAAGAGGGAAAAAUAUGCAGAGAAGAAGAAGAACGAAGAGUGGGAGAACAAGAAGAAAAAGGAGGUGAACCUGGUCAUCUCUCACGCGCCCUCAGCCGACAACUCUAACCUCUCCGCAGAUGGAGAUGACUCUUUCAUCAGCGUUGAGAUGGACUCGGCCAUGCCCAGUCCCUUUAGUGAGAUCUCCUUGAGCAGUGAGCUCCAGCCAGGCUCAUUGCCCCCGGAUGCCGACGCAGACGAGAGCAGCAGCGACAUGCUGGUCAUCGUGGACGACCCGGUGUCUUCUGCGCCGCAAUCUCGUGCCACCAACUCCCCCUCCUCUGUGUCUGGAUCAGUCUCGGACAACAUGAAUGGUGUUGCAGCCUCAGACACAAUCAGUUUGGGCAGAGGCCGGUCUGGGCGGAGUCGGGGGCGACCUAAAGGAUCAGGUGGCGGGGUGAAGGCCGGAGGGAAAGGUCGAGGGCGCAAGUCAACAGCAGGCAGCGCAGCAGCUAUGGCGGGAGCGAUGGCUGGUGCGGCAGCUGCAUCGGCAGCAGCAUAUGCUGCUUACGGUUACAGUGUUUCUAAAGCAGGUCUCUCUGCGUCCAGCCCCCUGCAGCCUUCCCUGGGCCGGUCCGGUACCAGCCCCGCCUUCAACCCCAGCAGGAGCUCCUCUCCCCAGGCUAAAGGAGGCACCUCCACCCAGAGCCCCCACAAACAGCUGGCCCACAGCCACCACCACAGCAGCCACAGUGCAGUCAGGAAAGGCAAGGGCCCUGGUGGUCCUGGGGCUCGAUAAUGCACUCACACGCACUCUCAUCCCCAUGAAACUGUCUCAGUAAAGAGCGCGCGCACACACACACACACAGAUAACUGACCUAUUCUCACUGUGAUGCACGCAGAUGUCCUACAUCAAGGCUAAUAAACAAGGAAUACAAGACAUUUAUAUAUAUAAAAAUAUAUAUUGCAACUGAGGCUCAUUUACUGGAGGACCAUGCUGUGUCUGCUGGCUCAACAACUAAAAUGACCCUCCUCAUGCACACACGCACUCACACACAGUAUCAAUUGAAGGUACAAUCCCUACAAGCCUCCGCAUUUCUUGGUUAAGAUUUACUUUAAUGUGUCCAGGCUGGUGGACAUCAUCCACCUCGAGUAUUUUUCCUUGCAUAGUGACAAGUGUAUUUUCAAGUGCUUUUUGAGAAGACUGACUGUACUUUUCUAUUCGUGACAGGAAGCUCUUUUGAUUUGCUACCUAGCUGUGACAUUACAGCGCAGCCGUAAACCAACACAUACAGUGUAAAGGGCUUUGAAAUCCUUGUGAUUGCCAGGUGUAGGGAGGUGAAGAAGUUUCUGUCAAAUGCACUGAGCCAUGUCUUCCUUUUUUUGAUGUUAUUGAUUCUCUUACAUGUGCAUUAGGUUAUUUAAUUAUUCUGUAGAUAUGUUCAGUGCAAAGCUGCGGGUUCUGAUUCUGCAUUUCACAGAGCUUAAUGUGAAUCCAUACCUUACCAGCCCACACAUUAACCAAACAAAAUGACUACAGCUUUUCUACUAAAGCUUUUAUUUUUGUAAUAAAGAUGUGAGCGCCCAUACCACCAUGACAGGUCUUAGAAUUUUGAAACUUUCUUGUCCACAAAAUUUAUUCCCAUGUGGAAGGAAAUGAAAAUUGAUUAUAUAUUUUUUGUCCAAUGAGAAAAUAGUUGAAUGGAGGGUAAAAAACAUUGUAUUCCAAAAUUAGGGGAACGGGUUGAUACGGCAAUGCUGCUAACAGUAAAUUCCUAAAUCUUGUUAUUUUCUAAUAAUAAUUUUAUUAUUUGGUUGUCUAAUAUUUAAGUUAUUUGAGUUGCAUUAAAAAUGGGCAAUUCACAAUGCAAAAGGGGUGUUCACCUGUGAAACUGUGUAAAUUGUACUGAAGCCAUUUUUUUUCCCGAAAUCUUUUUUUUGUGAUGAGAAAUCUGUUGUUCUCUUUGAUGUCAUUGAUGUUUUUUGGGGGGGGGGUUGCAUCAGUGUCCUAAGGUGAGCACUACAUCUGUUCUAGGUUUGUUUUGUGUUUAUAGUGUGAUUAAAAUAUGAUGUUCUAUAUUGAUGUACAUAAUGAUGAGAGCAACAUUUCCUCUGGCUUUUCCCCCAUUUGCCUGUCUAUUUUUAUAGGUCACGUGUACAUACGAAGAACUGCGUCAGCCAUUUUACUAACAGGAGGAGCCAACUGAAAAUAAAGGAGUUCUAAAUCAG